ACUCGUUUGAAGUAUUUGGUCCAUGGCCAUUUAUAUUCUCCGCCAACAAGGUCAUCACCAGUAUUAAUAAAUCCUUGAACUUAAGUUUCUUAAACAAAAGCCUCCCGUUUGCAUGACUGCACGCCAGGGGUUGCUAUGCUAGCUAGGACACCAGCUUUGUUAAUGUCACUACCAAAAAUACGCGCCUGGGAUUUCACUCUCCGAACCUUCACCUCCAGCAGUCUUCUUCAAUCUAGCAGCACAGCACCCAAAGCUAACGGCAUUCUCAACGAGGUGCGUAUCCUUUCCACGUGCGGCUGCAUUGACGAAGCGCUCUCACUCUUCUUCAGUGCAUCACCACCACCUCCGCUACCGUACUCCCAGCAAACCUACGCCACUCUUUUUCAUGCAUGUGCCCGCCAUGGAUACCUUCAAAAAGGCAUGUACUUGCACCAACACAUGCUUUCCCAUAAUCGUAGCUAUUCACCAAGCGUGUUCGUAACCAAUCAUCUCAUAAACAUGUAUGCGAAAUGCGGGGACUUGAAGUACGCGCGGCAACUGUUCGAUCAAAUGCCAGAAAGAAACUUAGUUUCUUGGACUGCUUUGAUAUCUGGGUACGCGCAACAAGGGCAGGCCUGUGAGUGCUCUCGUUUGUUUUCUGAUAUGCUAAUGCAUUGCAGGCCGAAUGAAUUUGCUUUUACAAGUGUGCUUACUUGUGGUGACUAUGAGCAUGGCAAGCAGGUGCAUGCGCUUGCUUUGAAAAUCGGUUUAGGUGCUAGUAUUUACGUGGGAAAUGCACUUAUUUCCAUGUAUUGUAGGUGUUACAAUAGCAGCGGCAGUGAUAGUGGAGAUAUAGAUGAAGCUUCGACAGUGUUUGAGACAAUGGAGUUUCGUAAUCUUGUUUCUUGGAAUGCAAUGAUUGCAGGGUUUCAGCUCCGGAAACUCGGGUCAAAAGCUGUAAGUCUUUUUAGCCAAAUGCACAGUGAUGGAAUUGGGUUUGAUCGUGCCACGCUGGUCAGUGUCUUGUCUUCCUUGAGUGAAAGCUAUAAUGAUAGUUUGCAUGUGGGUCUUAAGUGUUGUUUUCUGUUACACUGUCUUAGUAUAAAAAGUGCCUUGGUGUUGCAAAUUGAAGUUGCAACUGCAUUGGUGAAGGCCUAUUCAGAUCUUGGCGGAGAGUUUACUGAUUGUCACAGGCUUUUCUUGGAGACAGGGUGUUUUCGUGAUAUUGUUUCAUGGACUGGCAUUAUAACAACAUUUGCAGAACGGCAACCUGAAGAAGCCCUCUUCCUUUUCUGUCAACUGCAUAGGGAAGGCUUAGCUCCAGAUCGGUAUACAUUUUCAAUUGUGUUAAAAGCUUGUGCAGGUCUUGGUAUUGAGAGACAUGCCUACGCUGUUCAUUCACAAGUAAUUAAAGCUGGGUUUGGGGUUGAUGCCGUGCUUGGAAAUGCCUUGAUCCAUGCUUAUGCAAGAUGUGGCUCCAUUUCCUUAUCCAAGAAAGUUUUUGAUGAAAUGAGAUUUCGUAAUUUAGUUUCUUGGAACUCAAUGCUGAAGGCUUAUGCUCUGCAUGGUCAAGCUAAGGAGGCAUUACAUCUCUUUUCUGAAAUGAAUGUACAUCCUGAUUCUGCAACCAUAAUUGCUCUCCUUUCAGCAUGCAGCCAUGCUGGAAUGGUGGAAGAAGGUAUCAAAAUCUUUGAUUCAAUGCUUGAUACUCAUGGUAUUUUUCCACAACUAGAUCAUUAUGCAAGCAUGGUUGAUAUUCUUGGCCGAGCUGGGCGAGUUGUUGAGGCAAAAGUGCUGAUAAGCGAAAUGCCUAUGGAGCCUGAUUCUGUGGUUUGGAGUGCGCUGCUUGGCUCAUGUAGGAAGCACGGUGAGACACAACUGGCCAAGUUAGCAGCAGAUAAACUGAAGGAGUUGGAGCCCAGAAAUUCAUUAGGUUAUGUACAAAUGUCUAACAUUUAUUGUUCUGGAGGGAGUUACAGUGAAGCUGGGGUAAUUAGGAAAGAAAUGGAAGGCUCUAGAGUAAGAAAGGAACCUGGUUUAAGCUGGAUUGAGAUUGGGAACAGAGUGCAUGAGUUUGCAUCUGGAGGCAGACGCCAUCCUCAAAGAGAGGCUAUAUGCACCAGGCUCAAUUUACUGAUUGGACAGCUAAAGGGGAGAGGCUAUGUGCCGGAAACAAGCUUGGCGUUGCAUGACAUAGAGGAGGAGCAUAAAGAGGAGCAGUUGUAUCAUCAUAGUGAGAAGCUAGCUUUGGUGUUUGCUAUGAUGAAUGAGGGUAGUCUGCAUCAUGACAGAAGUGUAAUAAAAAUCAUAAAGAAUAUCCGAAUAUGUGUAGACUGUCACGGCUUCAUGAAGUUAGCAUCAGAUCUUCUUCAUAUGGAAAUUGUUGUGAGAGACUCAAACCGUUUUCACCAAUUUAAAAAUGGGAUGUGCUCUUGUAAUGACUAUUGGUAACAAAAACACAAGCACUUGGUUUUCUAUCUGUUUCUGUUCUGGUUAACCUGUGAACUGUGGUGGUAUCUUUCUAUGAGAGUAGAAGAGCUCAUGACUGUAAAGUAUGGCCGAAAAAGGUUGGUUUUUAACUAUGCUAUAGAUCUGAAAAGCAACUGAGGAGCCAAUGGUCUGUGAUUUAAACCAGAACUUUGACAAAAGUAAUUUGUGCAAGCAACUACAAAUAUGAUGUUGGAAGAAUUGCUUGCAUAAGUUACAGUUUUCUUGACCAGCACAUCCUUAAUUGCAAAUGUUGCAUUAGCUCGAAUUUCCAGUAGAGAUUGCACCAGGCAUGACGAGUUUUAUGGUUGGAAGAUUCUUGAAUUGCUGCUUGUUGGAGUGUCAAGUUUUAGACAUGAGAUAAAUAAUGUGACUGGUUGAGGUUGAUCUUCCCAAAAGAUGAGCAUGCGUUCACCUGAGGCUCAUAACGACCUGAUUAUGGCUCUGGAUCACUGGUAACUCAAACUUUAGAAAUGAGACUAAAAAUAUGAGAUAAAUGCACGUUAAGGCUGAUCUUCCCAAAAGAUGCUGUUGGAGUAUGCCUUCACCUGAGGUUCACAAGGACCCAAUUAUGGCUUUGGACUGGUUAAUGGCCAGCAUUUCUCUUGGAAAGACCAGUCCAGUACAUAUUAUCCUAAAGCAGCUCCCCAACCCUCCUUCUUUCUGGCUCCUGCAUACGUACUAACCGACCUUACUAAUCACUAACAUCUCAGAAAACAGAAUGGAAAUGGGGCAUUGAAGCUCUAAAGACUGAACAAUUCAAUAAUCACAUUAGAACUAAUUGAGAAUCAAGCUUUUUGGUGUGGCAUUUUAUUGCUCAACCUUUCUUUUUUUUUUUUUUUUUCACUUUCCUUAUCUCUAAAUGUCCCUGCAUGUGUAUGUUUGUUCCUGCCUGUCUCAUGUACAGCCUUAACAAGUUAUUAGAUCUGUUAUAUGAUUAGUGAUUACAUGCUAUUGUUGUUGAUUCA